CACGACUACCGAAUUAUGAUUUUCAAUAAUAAUUAAUUAAUUAAUAAGUGCAUCGUUAUCUAUGACAGGUAUAAUGACGACCUUUCUGAGAGUUCUAAGGUAUAUAAGGCGCGUGUGAUCGGCGUUUCUGUACUCCAUCCAUCAUGGUUCAGUCUAGAAUUGCUUUGGUGUGUUUGGUUGUCGUGUUGCCUUCGGUAGCUGGCUGGUGGUUGGCAAACCAGAACCAGAAUCUGAACAACAAUGUCAACGUAAACACAGGAUUUUAUGAUCCGCCUCCUGCCCCGGCCCCAGAGCCCCCGGCACCAAAGCCAAAACAAGUGAUCCACGCCACCAAAGACCACGUUGUCAGCAUCAACUUUCAUGCUCCAAUUAAGAACAAAUUCAUCCCAACACUGAACAUUGGAGGAUUUGGUGGACCUGCACCCAAAAGUCCAUCAGCUUCACCAAAGAAGAAGUCACCAAAGAAAUCCCCUAAGAAGGGAAAGAGGCCACCCAUGCCCAAAAAGAAGACUCCUUCUCCUAAGAAGUCCAAGGCCCCUAAACAGAAAGAACCUAAGAGUUCUCCUCCAAAGGGGUCCCCACCCAAGGGUUCUCCCCCUAAAUCUUCUGGAGGAGCCGCUGGCCUCCCAAUGAACCUUGUCUUCAACAACAACUUCCCACAGAACAUGAUGAAUGUUGUCGGAGCUCACAACAACGUUAGAGGCAAGGGUGUACACAUGCCAAACAACAAUGCCGGAGGAACCCAAAAGGUCACCCAGAGCUACCAUGCUACCGGAGGAAUCCAGACACAGAGUGGUGGUCAAGGAGGUCAACAAGGAGGACAACAGGGCGGACAACAACAGGGUGGCGGACAAGGAGGAAGCCAGGGCGGAUACAAAACCUGGGGUGGAUCUAGAUAUACCAACAUCCACUCAGUAAAAUACCCAAGCAAUGAUGUCACAGUCAUUGGAAGUGGAAAUGAGGUUCACACCGUAGCUGGGUUAUAUAAUAAUGUUAAAUACCAGAAGAAAGUUGCUCCCAAGCCAGAUCCCAUGCAGGGAAUGCAGUUUAAACUUCUAUUGAAUUUGCUCCAGAAAAUGGUUGUAAAAGUUAACCAUGCACCACCAACAACACCUCCAACAGAAACAACUACCACUACCACUGAAGCCACGACAACCCCAGCAGAAACCACUACAACCACUGAAGCUACCACCACCACCACCACAACAGAGGCAACCACCACCACAACAGAAGCCACAACCACUACCACCACCCCAGAACCUACAACCACUACUACAGAGGCAACCACCACAGCAUUCUCUUUGGCUCAAAAUUCAAUGCUGUUAGAAGCUCUUUUAGCGCAGCUCACUGGCAGUUCCAAUGUUCAGACACAACAAGCUGCCGUUCUAGACCUCUAUGGACGAGGAGGACAGAAAUCAGUUUCCAUGUCUGCUAACUCAGGAGCUGGUCAGCAAGCCACCUUAGACAUCUUGGGUGCCCUGCAACAAGCUCCAACCACACCUCCACCCUAUCUUGAUCCAGUGGCCCAGCUUGACCUUCUUGCAGCUGGUGGAACUAUCUCGAAUUCCUACGCCGCUCCUGGUGCCGCACUCCCUGGAGUCACCCCUGCCCCUGCCGGUACUGCUGGAGGAGUUGACCUCGGAUGGCUGGCCAAGUACAUGCCUCAACUCGCUCUUCACAAACGGGCCCCAGUCAAAGUCAUCUCUGGAGGUUAUGGUAAAAGGAAGACUGUGAAGUGAAGUCACCGAUUGAACUGAUCUUCCAAAUGACUAUUCUUGUCUCAGUCAAUAUUAAUUCUAUUUUUUUCUGAUGAAGUAUUGUGAUAUUUAUUUAUCAGUAUUAUAUGCAAUCAGUGGUUAAGACAGGUAUUUCGUAUCAACAAAAUUUUUCAUACUUUCGAAAUAGAGAUGUAUGAAAUCCGUUUUCUGAGGCACGAUUGUUAAAAAAUGCAGGAAUAUUGUGGUGUUUACAGUGUUAUUUAUUUUUUAAAUGUUUUCUUGUUGUGUUGAUUGUGGCUUUGAACAUGUAUGGAAUAAAGCCUUUACAAUGAAAA